AUGGUUGCGCCAGCAGUGCCCGACUUGACCGAAGAGGUCCUACACGAAUCCAUUGACGCUAGGACUGAGUCGCUCGUUGCUCUGCGAGAGCUUGGCCCUCCCGACCUCGUCCACCUCCUCAAGCAGAGCGUACGAAACACGGCGAGACAGACUGGCAUCUACCAUCACGUUACCGGCGUCGACGCUUCGUCUUCGGCGAGCCUCGCCGCCUACAUCAACACCCUCACCUACCAGGACAAUGGCCCCAGCGCGACGUCCAAGAUUGUCGAGGGCGUGUACUGCUGCUACAAUGCGCUCUCGCGACUAGACAUGCGCGUCCACGUCUCCAUCCCCGGCACCGUCGAGAGCUACUGCGUGGAUGAGCGGGGUGAGAAGCGUAAAGCGUCGGACGAUCUCUGGCUCGAGACAUAUUUGUGCAGCGUCCUGAGAGCAUACUCGUACGCCGACAACGGCAGCGGCGACACGAUUCGCAAGAUUGUCGGAGUUCGAAGGUUCAACCCCGUCACCAACACGGAAACCGAGCACCGUUUCCUCAAUGCUGCCGAACAGCUCUUUUUCCGAGGAUGGCAACUCGGAUCCGACUCGGUGGUCCAGGUGCCGACCAACGUCUCCAACCACCUGACCACGGGGCUCCUCGAGUAUUUUGAGACGACGGGCCGCUAUGCAUCGGGCAUCAACCUCUUCGAAAAGCUCCGCUCUCAGAGCAUCGAGGUCGCGUCUCUCCUGGCAAAGGUGCUGUUCAUGGGCAACGAGGAGGUGGCCGGGAUCAAGACGUUGCAUGAGUCGCUGCAGGAGUCGCCCAUGGACUAUGUCAUGCUGGACACGCAGGCCGAGUUUCUGCUCAAAAAGGCCCAAAAGGCAGCGACGCCGGAGCUCAAGCAGGAGAGGCUGAGGAUGGCGCUUGGCUGCGCCGACCGCAGCACGGUCGCGGCUCCGAGCGAGUUUGGGACAUGGGCGAGGCUGGCCGAGGUCUACGUUGCCAUGGAGGAUUGGGACAAUGCGCUCACGACGCUCAACUCAUGCCCCAUGUUCACAUACCAGGACAAGGACACGCCCCUGAUGCCCGAGCCCAGGGAGGUCCACCUUCCGAUCCUUUCCGACACGCGCCUGGACGACAUUGACAGCGAGCCGGAGUCGAGGUUUUCGGAGCAGGUUGACCCCAGCCUCCUGGGUCUCAGGGCAGCGGCCUACCGGGGCACAUUUAAGCAGGCCUACCGCAUCCUGACGGAAAUGACUGCCAAGAUUGGCUGGGACCAGCUGCUCAAGAUUCGCAGUGCCGUCUUCGUCAUGGAGGACGAGUAUAGGACGGAGAAGCAAGAGGCCACCCAUCCUGCCCCGGCGAACGGGGGCGGCGACGACGACGAGAAGGAGGGAAACAAGGACGAGGAGGAGGACAGGAAGGAAAAGCACGAGGAGCCUCCCCCGGACAAGCCUGCCGAGACGUUGACAACAAACGGCAAAAGCAAUGGUUUGGAGAGGCCGUCGAAUACGGCUAGCCCGCUGGAGGUCAAGGCGGACAGCGAAAAUGCGCUUUCAGACGACGAGCAUCCAUCGAGGCUCAACACCAAGCGGCUAUGCGAGCGAUGGCUGGAUAGCCUGUUCAUGGUGCUGUACGAGGACCUGCGGGUGUACACCAUCUGGCGGACGCAGAUGGCGCAGUAUCGGGCGCAGCAGAUUCACUACAAGAAAUCGGCCGAGGAGUGGGAGAUCCUGGGGGCGCUGGCUGAGCGGCUGCAGCACAGCGACGAGGCGGUGGAGGCCUACCGGGCGUGUCUGACGCUCCGCUUCAGCCCCAAGGCACUGGCGGGGGUGCUACGGGUGUUUGAGAGGAACAAGAGCACGCGGGAGACGAUUGCGUCGGUCAUCCGGCUAGUGACGUGGCAGUAUCGGUGGUACAGCGAGUUUAGUCCGCAGCUGCUGCACACGAUCCGGACGCUGAUCGAGGAUGAGGGCGCGGUCAAGGUGCGGAGCAUCAUCCAGGCAACGAGCCUGCCGCAGAACGUGCUGGACCUGACGCACCACUACGCCGCGCUGUGCGCCACGUUUCGCAGCAGCGGCACGGAUGGAUAG